AUUAGAAGCUUAAUGUGCGGUAGUAUUGAAUUUGCGUGUUUAGCGCGAAACCUGAGAUUAGAAGAAAAACAUCCUAGUCUCAUGUCCUGAUGGUACGCUCAGAAAUCGAGUUUGUUGGUGAUGUCCAGGGGCGCAACUCUAGGCGUCUCUCUCAUUUUACAUCAACCACAAAAGCAAACGAACCUCAAUUCUUCACAGUACAACAGAAUAACAUGCAAACCAACUUAACCCUCAAAUUCACUCUGACAUUUUCACAAACACAUAAUGCCCAGCAAGUUGAAGAAGGCGAUCGGGGCAGUGAAGGACCAAACCAGCAUCGGCAUCGCCAAGGUCGCGAGCAACAACUCCUCCAACCUUGAGGUCGCCGUCCUCAAAGCCACCACCCAUGACGAUCUCCCCAUGGAGGACCGCUACGUCCAGGAGGUGCUCCAGCUCGUCUCCGCCGACAAGGCGUACGCGGCGGCCUGCGCCCGCGCGAUUAGCAAGCGGAUCGGGCGGACGCGGAACUGGAUCGUGACCUUGAAGUCUCUGGUCCUGGUGCUCCGGAUUUUCCAGGACGGCGAUCCGUAUUUCCCGCGGGAGGUUCUUCACGCGAUGAAACGCGGCGCCAAAAUCCUCAACCUCGCGAGCUUCCGAGACGACUCGAAUUCAAGCCCCUGGGACUUCACGGCCUUCGUCCGGACGUUCGCGCUCUACCUGGACGAGCGCCUGGAUUGCUUCCUCACCGGGAAGCUGCAGCGGCGGUUCACGCACAACGCGCCUCUCCUGAGCCGGCGCCCCGACGAGCCGGUCCGGGAGAUGAAACCGGUGAUGCUGUUGGACCGGAUCGGACACUGGCAACGGUUGUUGGAGCGGGCGAUGUCCACCAGGCCGACCGGGGCGGCGAAGAAUGACCGCCUCGUGCAAAUCGCGCUUUACGCGGUGGUGGAAGAGAGUUUCGAUCUGUACAAAGAUAUCUCCGACGGACUUUCUCUCAUCCUCGAUAAUUUCUUCAACUUAGAGCACCAAUCCGGCGUGGUUGCCUUCCAGACCUGCAUGAGAGCGGCGAAACAGUACGAGGAGCUAUCGGAAUAUUACGAUCUGUGUAAGAGCAUGGGAGUCGGGAGAUCGCCGGAGUAUCCGAACAUUCAGAAAAUCUCCGAGGAGCUGAUUGAAACCCUACAGGAGUUUCUGAAAGAUCAAUCGUCGUUUCCGGUCCACGCAAAGUCGCCUAACAAUCAUCCCUCGUUUCUGCUCCUCCCUUCUCCAACCACUCCCCACCGCUCUCGCCACAAUAGCUUCGACGCACUAUACGAUCAAAUCUGCGCUUCUCGUAGCUCGAGGCGCGGUACUAGCUAUGGCGGACAAUCCGAAUUUUCCGUUGCAACUGACGGAUCCUCGGAAACCGGGUCGGAAAUCGGGAUUGAUGAUCUUCUCAACGCUACGCUAACCAGCGGGAAAAACCCUGCCGUUUCCAAUGAUUUGGAGACCUAUUCAGAAAUAGACGAUAACUAUAUGCUCAGUGACUCGGGAUCGGCCAAGUCAUUGCAGGCUUCAAAUUCAUUCGCCGAUCUUUUAUCAUUGGACGAUUGGAACGGAGAAGACGAAAUCGGAGACGGAGAAGAGGCGGCGCCGCCGCCUAGUUCUUCCAAAGGCGCAACUACACACAAUGUUGACGAGUUUGAACUGAAUAAUGAUGCGGCCGCGGGCUGGGAGCUUGUGUUAUUCGAAACACCGCCGCAAGAGGCGGCGGCGGCGCCACCGUCGGACAACAAAUUCAAUCCCCCGUCGAAUUUUGAUUUCGAAAGCUUGUUUGAUCAGGUUUCCCCGCCAUUACCGCCGGCUAAUACAAGUCCAAAUUCAUUACCCUUAGACGCGCUGUACAAUCAAAGCCAACCAAUAUCGGCACCUCAACGUCACUAUAAUCCUUUUCUCCAAGAAGAAUUUCCGACGACCACAGCCCCACCUCCCGACGCUUUCCAACCUCUGGACAUGUUUUCCGCGCCUCCGACAUUCCCAGCCCCGCCGAAAACUUCAUCGCAAAAUCCUUCCUUCGCACCGACGUUUUCUGCACCAAAUCCAACCGCAACCGCCGCGCAUAAUACCGAUUUCUCAUCACCGCCUACCUUCCAAGCAACUUCUCCACCGCAAAACGACUUUUCUCCGGCGCCGACCUUCCAUGCAACUCCGACUCCGAUCUAUUCUGCACAAACCCUAGAAUCGACGCCAAUGCACAAUGCCUAUUCUCCUCCGGCGCCGACCUUCCAGACUCCGACAAUUCCGGCACAAAGUCCAACACCAGCGCCUACCUUCCAAGUAACGCCCAAAAACUCCGAGAGAAGUCCGGCGGCCACAGCGCCAGUGCAGAGUGAGUUUCCGUCGACGCCUACAUUUCAGGCAUCCGUAGCGGGAACAACAACAACAAUGCCGCAGAUGCAGAUGCAGAAGGAGAUGGACCCUUUCGCGUCACUGUUCGACGACCAAAUGUUUGGUAGUUCAAACAUGAGUACGCAGAACAUGGUGCAAGAACAACAACUUUGGUUGCAGAACCAAAACAAGAUAAUCGCAAAGCAUAUGUCCUAAACAUACUAACAUAUUAUAUAUGUAUAUGAUUCGUGUUUACUUUCUGUUUUGUUUUUGUUUUUAAUGUUGUAAUUAUAAUUUCUUUUUGGGUUAUGAUGAUUAGCUAGCAGUGCAGGACUAGUUCUUUUGUUUAGGCAAAUUAUUAUGUGGAUCCGAAUCCAAAAUACAGAAUUUGAUACGGAAUAUUCACAAUUUAUAUACUGAAUGUUUACAAUUCAAUAUGUAAAUUGUGAAUAUUCAGUACCUAAAUGGAUAGGGGUCCAUGGUAUAACUAUCAUUUUGUUUAAUCAACAAUUUCGAAGCCAAAA